UAUCAUCAUCACUUGUUUUUCGCGAGAAAAUUCUCCCACCCGUUUCUUCUUUUUUUCCGGGUAAAUCUUUCUUUUUUAUAUAAACUUGUGAGCUCAGUGAACCGUCCAUGUGCACCAUGAUUCAUGUGAAUCGCAACACUCCCAUCCCAUUUAUUAUCUCUUUCACACUCGUCAAUUUCUUUUUGUAAGUGAAAAAACCUUCCUUCUUUCAUGCCUCAAACUUUGGUAGCCACCAAGUGAGUACUAAACCCAACCAAAUUACAAAGACUUUUUUUUUAUUAUUAUUAUUUAUUUUGCUUUCUUGAUACUUCUCUUCUAUACCCACUAAAAAGAUAGAUCAACCCUUUUCCAAAGAUCUUUUCUUUACCUUAAAAAGAAAGUUUUUGUUUUCUGUUGUUCUGUCUUUAUUUUAUUUAUCUCUACCUCUGCUUUGAUCAUUGAUUGGUUUUCUAAGGUUUGGAUUCAUUUUGGGGUCUCUAAAUGAGGAACGAUGAUCAAACUCUAUCCCUCUUUGGGAUUUCUCUUACGGAAAGGCCUAAAUGGCAACAGUUCCUCAUUUGUUCUUCUGGGUUUUUCUUUGGUUACCUUGUUAAUGGCGUUUGCGAGGAGUAUGUGUACAACCGACUUCAGUUUAGCUAUGGGUGGUAUUUCACCUUUGUACAAGGAUUUGUAUACAUUAUACUAAUAUACCUACAAGGAUUCACCACCAAACAAAUGGUUAACUCGUGGAAGACAUAUGUAAAGCUCUCUGGUGUUCUAAUGGGUUCUCAAGGACUCACUAAAGGAUCUUUGGCUUUUCUUAAUUAUCCUGCUCAAAUCAUGUUCAAAUCCACUAAGGUAUUACCUGUCAUGAUUAUGGGAGCCUUCAUUCCAGGACUGAGAAGGAGAUACCCUCUUCGUGAAUAUGUAUCUGCAAUACUCCUAGUUAUUGGUUUGAUACUUUUCACCUUAGCUGAUGCUCAGACAUCUCCCAAUUUUCGAGUCUUGGGUGUUAUAAUGAUUUCGGGUGCUCUAGUCAUGGAUGCUUUUUUGGGGAAUUUGCAAGAGGCUAUCUUUACUUUGAAUCCAGAUACCACCCAGAUGGAAAUGUUGUUCUGCUCAACUGUUGUUGGGUUACCUUUUUUGCUUCCUCCUAUGAUUCUCACAGGAGAGUUGGUCAAGGCUUGGAACUCAUGUUAUGAACAUCCAUAUGUUUAUGGGGUGCUAGUGUUUGAAGCCAUGGCAACUUACGUCGGGCAAGUUUCUGUGCUAUCCCUCAUUGCUCUUUUUGGUGCAGCCACCACUGCUAUGAUAACGACUGCUAGAAAAGCAGUAACUUUGUUGCUUUCAUAUGUGAUAUUUACAAAGCCAAUGACUAACCAACAUGGGGUAGGGCUUCUUCUUAUAUCUAUGGGAAUCAUAGUUAAGAUGGUCCCAGAAAACCAAAUCCCAAGUUGGAGUUCACUCCAAUAUGCCGUUGUUAAGCACACCAAAUCCACUUCCAAAGCAGACAAGGCUAUAAUAAAAGACUCAGAGGAGUCAGGAGAAGAUGACGAAAAAAGAGCCCUGGUCUGACUUAUAUUAUGGUUUAAUUGCUCUUGGAAAUUUCUCUCUCCCUUUUACUCUUAGGUUCAGGGCAUAGUUUAGAGGAUUAAAAACAGAGAUAAGGUCAGAAAAUGUCCACAAAGAAAGAAAGAAAACUGAUUAAAUAGAUUUUGCUACUAUAACUUUUAAUAUUCAUAAGCGACUACCUUUUGGAACAUGCAAUUCUUUAUUCUUUUCUUUUCUUUUAUUAAUGAAAUAAUUUUUACAUUUUUGAUACAA